GUGCUCUAUUGGUUGCCUUGGUAGUCCUCCAGGACAAUCGCGAGCUUCUCCGCGUCUUCUGCAGAUCAUGCUGAGAGCUGUUGUGUAGUCUCCCAACUAAUCGCUCCUUGGCUGCCGAGAGCCCGCGUUGUGCUGUUUGAAAUUCUUACCAAAAAGAGAGACGUGGGGAGCGUUGAAAAGCAUGGGCUUUCGACUUUCUCUGCCCAAACGGACACGGUUCAUACUCCAUCGGGCCUGAAACCUGCUACUUGCGACCCUUUGAAGGUCACCCUCUGAAUAUGCUGAAGGGUCAAGCUGAAGCAUGAAGAGGUAGCACAAGGCCAUCAGGAGCCCCCAAAUAUUUCAUCAUACCCCCUUUCGGCGGCAGUGGGCGCGGCGAAUCUGCGAGAAUGUCUGGAGCUAGGCCGUCUGGGCACAAAGUCGCCCGGCCAGCAGCGCGAUAUCGCCCGGGCAAGGCCCCUGUGUUCCCAGCUCAAGGCUCUUCAAGCUCAGCGCGCGCUUCGGUGCCUCUGCUGCAGGCCAAGCAGGAUUCUUACGAUGAUGAAAGUGAUUACGGGGAGGAACAGGAGGCUACCCAAAAUGUGCCAAUCACAGAUGUCGUCGCGGGUACCCACGCUCUGCGGUCCCGCUCUUCAAGAGACACGGCAGGUAUCGUCAUUACACAGGGGCCAAGGAUGGACAUCAAGCUUAAGCAGCCCUCAGCGAAGGGAGAAGAAAUUGAAAGCUCCGAGUAUGAAACGGACACGGACGAAGACCCUUCAAAGCCGGGACCGAUCAAGCCUGUAUGCCUCAGGCCAGGUGCAUCAUCUGUUCUGCCAGAGAAAGAUAGUUCGUCUGAGCUCGAGACGGAUACAGAGGAGGAAGACAGCAGUGAGGACGCCAAGCCACCUCCACUCGUCAAGCCGACUUUUGUGCCAAAGCGUCUGCGAGCGACCCUAAACGACGCAGAUGGAACGUCUCCGGCUGACGAUGAAGCAGUGGAAGCGAAAGCGAAAGCACAGCAAGUCGAACGGCGGAAGUGGGCGCAUGAGCUCGCUGCCGAGCGCAUCAAAGCCGACUUGGCAUCAAAGGAAUUCCAGGAUGCGCAGCCGGAUCUGUCCGACACGGAUGGCAAGGACCCCGAAGCCGAGUUCCUAGCGUGGCGCGUGCGAGAAUUGCAGCGCAUUGCGAGAGCCAAAGAAGCUGAGCGGGCGCGAGAGCAGGAGCAGGAGGAGAUUGAGAAGCGCAGGGAGAUGCCAGAAGAGCAACGGCUCAAGGAAGACAUCGAGCGAGCCAAGAAGAGCAGGGAAGAGAAGCAGAAAGGCGAUAUGGGAUUCAUGCAAAAGUAUUACCACAAAGGUGCAUUCUUCCAAGAUAUGGACAUUCUCAAGCGCAAUUACAGCGGCAAGACCGAGUCUGCAGUCGACAAGUCGAGCCUGCCUGCUCUGAUGCAAGUCAGGGAUUACGGCAAGGCAAGUCGAAGCAAGUGGACGCAUCUCGCCGCAGAAGACACAACAAAACGUCAAGAAGACUCGCGGUAUCGCCCGCCUGGCUUCGGAGAUCGAACCCUUGCAGAAAAAUACGGGAAUGGUGCAAGCAGUGCCAGCGGGUGUUUUCUCUGCGGAGGGGGACAUCUGAAGCGCGACUGUCCCCAGAAUGCAUCAGGUGGCGACGUACGCAGCUCGACAGGAACAAAUAACAUUGAGGCUCGAGGCGAAAGGAGCUGGGGAGCGUCUGGCCCCAGCGAUCAAGUGCCUGGUCGGCACAGGAGAAGAGAUGAUGAGCGCGGUCACCAUGGCGAGCGAUCCAAUCAUUCAGACCGCGGACCCCCUGGUUCAAGGAGGGACCGACACGAGCAUCGGCCGCACACAGAUGUGGCAGAUAAGAAGCUCAUCGGCGACAGGGCUACUGCGGCUGCAGAGAUUGACCGGAAAGGAGAUCGAGAUCGAGAGCGCCGAGAAUAUCGAUGUUGAAAUAUUUGCUGCACUCUGAACACCUGUAUCAUUCUACAUAGCAGGAUCAUUCGCAUGCGCU